UUUUCGCUAUUUAUUUCGCACGCUGUUGCGGGAAGUUUCUACUCACAUAUUUACGCUGCAUUGCUGCGAUUUCGAUCGGCCGUCGAUAUGGAUCGGAGAAAUGCAUUUUUUGUAGUGUUCGUUUGCAUCGUCGCCGUUACCGUCGGCGGUCAGUCGCCGGCGUCGGCUCCGGCGAAGGCUCCUGCCGCAUCUACUGGCUCAACUCCGCCGCCUACUGCUUCACCGCCUACAACGGCUGCUCCUCCGACUAAAGCUGCUUCGCCGGCGCCGGUGUCGAGUCCUCCCGCCGGAGUUCCUCCUACGCCGGUCUCUACUCCCCCCGCCGUCGCACCGGUUUUACCCCCGCCGGCGGCAACUCCACCGGUUUCAGCUCCGGUUAUUCCUCCGCCGACCGCACCGGUUACCUCGCCGGUGAGCUCACCACCGACACCUGCACCUGUUCAGUCUCCGCCGUCUCCCGCACCGACAGUCGCGACUCCUCCGGCGGCGUCUUCGCCGCCGGUACAGGCGCCGGCGCCGGCUUCAGUUCCGCCAUCUGAGGCGCCGGCUGGGGCACCACCGGUUCAGGCUCCUGCUCCAGCUCCGGCUCUGCUCGGUCCACCCGCGCCGCCGACCGAAGCUCCCGGACCGGCCGGUUCGGACUCUAUUUCUCCGGCUCCGUCGCUCAGCGAUCAGAGUGGGGCAGACGCAUUGAUGGGAGGUCAGAAGGUGGUGAGUAUGGCAAUUGGAGGGGCACUGUUUGGAUGGCUAUUGUUGUUUUAGGGCAUGAGAUUUUUAUUAUUUUAUUUAUUUUGGCUGGAAAAAAAAUCUCAUAAAUGUGCCUUAGCUUGUGGGCCCCAUCGACACUAUUAUUAUAUUAUUAUUAUUGAUUUGGUUGGAUGGAUAGUCAGAAUUAUUAUAUUUAUAUUUAUAUUUAUAUUUAUGUAUUUGGUCUUUUGUGGA